AUGGACUCUACGGUCAACAACGGUGAGAAACAGCAGUCACCUACAAUCACGCCAGCAGCUUCCGUGGGACCUCCAGCCCCUCAGAGCCAGGAUACGGCAGAGGCACCACCGCCUCGCCCCACUCAAAAUGCGCCUAUCAAGGCGUAUAGUGUGUACACUGCUCACGAGAAAUGGUUUAUUGUCGGGAUCGCUGCUUUCGCCGGGAUGUUCAGCCCAUUUACCGCCAAUAUAUACCUCCCUGCAAUUCCUACCAUAGCCAAAGCAUUCCACAAGACAAUUGAACUCAUUAAUUUGACUGUGACCGUAUAUAUGAUCGUACAGGGCAUUUCGCCCAUGUUCUGGGGAACGCUUUCUGAUAGGUAUGGUCGACGGCCCAUGUUUCUCGGCUGCCUGCUCGUCCUGUCGCUUUCAUGUGUUGGGCUUGCUCUUGUUCCAACGUCAGCUUACUGGCUGUUGAUGCUGCUACGAUGCCUACAAGCUGCCGGUUCUGCAAGUACGGUCGCUCUCGGUGCCGGUGUCAUUGCCGAUGUGGCUGCUCCCUAUGAGCGGGGCACUUAUUUCGGACUUUGGAAUAUCGGACCCAUGGUCGGACCUACAAUUGGACCAGUCCUGGGAGGUGUUCUUGCCGAUGGUCUGGGAUGGCGAUCCAUAUUCUGGUUUAUGUGCAUCGCAUCUGCGUUAUGUCUAAUCGUGAUCCUUCUCCUUCUACCAGAGACUCUCCGCGCGAUAGUGGGCGAUGGUAGCAUACCGCCACCUCGUCAUUACCGCCCGAUUAUCCCCGUCAUCGGACGCCACGUCGAGGAGUCCUCUGACCACGCUUCCAGGCCGCCCCCGAAGGGGUUUGCGAACCCUUUCGUCCUUUUCCUAUACCCUGACGUUACGCUAUUACUCUUAUACAACGCCAUCGUGUACGCUGUGUUCUACGGCGUGACAACGAGCAUCUCGACGCUGUUCUCCUCCACAUACCCGUACCUCUCAGAGACGGAGAUCGGGCUGUGCUUCCUCGCCAUUGGCGGGGGCAUGCUCAUCGGGGGCGUGAUUACUGGCAAACUCCUCGACCGCGACUACAGGCGGUACAAGGAGAAGAUGCUCCUCGCGUUAGAGGAGACCGGCAACGAGAAGAUGCGGCCGGAGGACGUCAUGAAGGAAGAGAACUUUCCCAUUGAGCGCGUGCGCCUCCACCUGAUGCCGUACUACCUCUCUCUCUUCGUUGUGACCUGCAUAGGCUACGGGUGGUGUCUAGACGCGAAGGUAUCCAUCGCGGGCCCGCUCAUCCUGUCGUUCAUCAUCGGUUUUUGCGUGGUUGGGGUCAUGAACGUCACUCAGACUUUGAUCGUGGAUCUUGUCCCUGGCCACAGCUCUGCCGUGACAGCCUGCAAUAACCUCGUGCGAUGCUCCAUGGGCGCUGUACUCGUCUCGGUGAUCAGCCUGAUCCUCAAAGCCAUGGGCACGGGAUGGACGAUUGUCAUCAUCGUCUACUCGCCACUCCGGCAUUAUACAAGUAGCAUGACACAGCAAGCAAGACGUCAGCUAGACAAUAGACACGCCUUUACGACCCCCACACGUAUUGUAUUUUAA